AGGUCAUCUUUCGGUUCAGUACUUGAUGCGAUGCGUUGUUCUUCCCCUUUCCUGUUUUUACGGCAGCAACCCUGCCUUUUGGAGUUCUUUAAGUGAAAAAGUUAGAUACUUCAAUGAAUUCGUGUUUACGUCAACGUGGCAUUGCCUUGAUUGAUUCGGUACUGGUGGGCUGAGGAGUCUGCCUAGGACACGUGAUUUUCUUAUUUGGUUGCCAGUACGAAACUUUAGGUCUGUGCUUUGAUUAUCAUUAUGAUAAAAAUCACCUUAACCUUUAACUCUUUCUCUUUUCUAUCUUCCUCGGGUCUUUCUUUUUUCUAGUUAGGUCGGCUCCACCACAAUUAUGAUAAAAGUCAGACUAUCUUCCUGCAGAAGCAGACUUCCUGUGCAGUUUUAAUUCUUUCAGUAAGAGCUAUCGGAUCAUAUACCUAAAAAUCAAUAUAAAAAUGGCAACUGUUCUCGAUUCUGAAGAUGCCAGUUCUGCUGGGAACCCGUCAUUAGGAGACGUUCCUCCAGGGGUUGCUAUGACACUUCUUCGAUCCUGGAGUGCUCCUCGAUUUGAAGAUCCACCGAAAGACUCUAGUAACCCAGCGGGAGCAAAGGCCACUCCUGGUUUUAGUAGUACGUCACCCGCGAAAGUACUAGCGGGCAACACCAGUCCACCCAUCCGUGAAGCUGCGCGGAUGUUGACGUCAAGUGCGAGUAUAGAUGAGCUGCUGGAGAAAGCAGCGAAGACGAGAAGGGAGUCGCGGCAGGUUGCUCGGGGAUUGAGGCAGAGCGUGGCGACUGCGAAAACGGAAGGCGUCGACAGGGUGCGGGAAACGGUGGAGCACAUGUGUCUCCUGCAACGUGAAAUAGACGAAGCCCAGAAGCAAUUGUCGGCUUUUUCGGAGGGCACGUCGGCCCUAGAAGCCACUACUUUCAGACCUGAGCAUGGGUAUUACCUAGGAGAAUUGGAGGAGUUGGCGGAAGCACGGGUGAGGCGGAACCGAGAGCGGUUUCUGACGUGGGAAUUGUUUCUGUCGAAGCUAGAUCAAGCAGGCGAAGAGGUAGAAAUCAAGCAUGCGAGCUAUACAGGAGGGACUAUGGAAACAUCAACAAAUUAUAGGAGUGGAAUUAGUAGUACUAGUACGACCUCACCAUCUCCAACUACGCGACAAAGCCAAAGAACUUCAUCGUCGAGCAAGACCAAUAGUUCUACGCCCUCACCUUCUAGUGGUAGCAAAAGCAAAAACAACAAACACAACGAAGCAUCUGAAGGCCGUUCACGAGAGGAUUUCUUUGCCUUGCUGAGCUCAAACGGCGCAACCGGCAAUCUCGACCGCAAAUACGAUUACACGGCGUUGAAUCGUGUAACCCGAACUACAGCCGAGUGGGCUGACAUCCUCGAUCCAGAGACGCUAGAGGUCAUGCGUGGUGGCCAGACAGAGCCACGCGGAACUUACCUUUUUCCAAAAAGAGUUCUUGGAGUUGGAGGGGGGACACAGCAACAGGGUAAGAGCGUUUCUAGUGGUCGUGCAGCUCCUUCCGCAGAUGACGUCGUGUUUAAGGCACUGCAUGAGGCACGACGAGUUCAAAAUCCUAUGCCAAUACCUGACGAGGCUCACACCCAGGAAUUUGCUGUUCCAGCACUCGCUUCGGCUGCUUUGGGCACUGAGGUCAUCCUGGCAAACAACAGAAACAAUAAUAGUCAAGCUCACGACCUAGUGCAAGAUCGAUUGGCGCAGAAUGACUCAUCGUGGGUCGGUCGUCUGGAGUGCCUGGAGUUGCCAAAAGAUGGUCCUUGUUUCUUUCUGUGUCGCGGCUGCGCUUUGCCGCUUUAUCGCGCAGACAGCUUGUUCCAUCCGAAGAGAGAUCAGGUAGACCAUGGCUGGCCAGCAUUCAACCGCAGUGUCUACACAAAAGACCUGUACUUUCACCACGUAGCGAUCCGGUUGGAGCCUACAGGACGCGCAGCAAAGCCGGGAACGACAGCGACCAGUGGUGACAUUGGCGCAUCUACUGUGUUAGGUCUAGGUAGCCCGCCAGGAGGCCGCUUCGACUCUCCUCUUGGUGAACAGUCGAACUUCCGCAAUCCCGCUCUCUUCGUGAACGAAAACAAAAUCGGCCCAGUAAAAAGACCCAAUCCGCGAGCGAUAGAACUCGUCUGCAAACGGUGCGUUUCUCACCUGGGACAUCUGUUCCUGAACGAAACUCGUCCCGGCGCUCAGCGACAUUGCGUGAACAGCUGCUGCCUGGUGGGGCCUGUGCCGUUGUCGAGGUUGCAGUGCAUUCUACCGGAGUUUGCGACGCAUGGCCACGAUGGGGUGUUUCUCGAAAAUAAGGAGUACUUUGAACAGAUCGAUGCUUGAUAUUAUGUAUCUAUUACUAUAAUUGGUAAAAGAAUACCUGAUUGUAAUAGUCUUUGGCGUUGUCAAUCGCGCAUGCUCGGCAGUGUGAAGAUUUAUUAUAGUACGAGCCCGUUUUUCAGGGAGGGCAAAUCCGUUUGAAAUGUACUAUUCAUAAGAUGAACAACAUAAACAAGGAGCGUCUGCAUAGUGCGAACUUUCUGCUCGGUUCUGUAGCGGUCAGACUCGUACUUAGUUUAAUUGUAAAGUUCUAGAUAGCUAAUGAAUAUUUUCGUGUACUCAAUUAUCGCAAAAUGAUUCAGAUCUUGUUGUGUAGGGCAUAACUUCUAUACUAAGCAUCCUGUAAGAACAACAUCGUGGUAGUGUAAGAACAACAUCGUGGUAGUUUUGGAAUAUAAUAGAAAUAUUUUAGGGCUUGCGCUCUUGAGUAGUAGAUUCAAAUCGCAAAGAUGACGUAGCAAGCACAGUGACCAGUUCAAGUUGAAAACAGUCUUUUCUAGGUUUUGUUUUCCUAGCCAUUCAGGUAUUUUCGUGAAACCCAUGCAGACGCCUCCCAAGCCAAACCUUGAAAUCCUGUAUCUUACGUUUGGAAAACCCGAAAAGAUAGAGAU